AUGGCACAAUGCGGUCGAGAGGCGCUGUCGAGGAUGAUCGAACUCGUUGUUACACCGAUGGAGGAGGCAUCCGAGUGGGGAACCGAAGUACUCGGUCCAGACGACAACUUCUUCCGCAUAAGCCUUGCGGCGAACGAGGAGGCGCUCCGUGCAAGGAAAGCGGCUGGCCACCGCUUUGCCUGGUACGCAGACAUCGAUUUCAAGAUGCAGGCGUUCUACUAUCUGGGCGCUCAGCUGCAGAAUCGCAUCUCCGGGUCUAUGGCUGACAGGGUCUGGUCGGUAAUAGAGGAGACGUAUGCUCUCCACGAGGAGCUUUGGGAAUUGAAAGACAAGGAGAACAUGACUCUAGGUAACUUGCUUCUUGCCGCGUGGGAAAAGCGCAUUAUGCACUUCUCGCUGAGCCAGGUAGUGCUGCCAGAACCGCCUUUUCUGAGCAGACUGCGGGAUGAGGUUAUGGUAAUCAAGGCUGAAGCGUUGGGUAUCUUCUAG